AUGUCGUCUCAACUGCCGCCAGCAUUCAAACCCAUUGCUCAUUACAUCAAAAUCGCCAACGAGAAUGCGUCUCGUGAUCCAAUCAUCUACUAUUGGUCCCUGCUCUGGAUGGUCCUUGGAAGCUCCACAGCGAAAUUCGACGAAUCCUCAUGGCGACGUCUUCAGAAGGCAAUCAUUGUGGAAAACGAAGCAACGGAGCUCAGAGAUUCUCUAAGGGACUCCAUAGACGCGCCAGAUGAAACGAUGAGCAAUCUGUUGAAUUCUGAGGAAAUCUCGAGGAAAAUUCUGGAGAAACAAGUGAAUUGCGAGACGAUUCGCGAGAAAAUCGAGAAAUUGGCUGCGAAAAUCUGUUCUGGCCGUAGGAAAAUCGCGGAAAUCGAUGAGAAAAUGGAGAGAAAAGUGGAGGACGAGGCGAAAUUAGAGCGAAAAAUUCUGAAUUUGGAGAGGGUUGAAAAGGAGAAUUUGAAGGAGAAAAACAAGAAAAAACGCGUAAUUUCGAUUAUGAUUCGAUUGAAUUCGUAUCGAAAAUUGUGGAUGAUCGAGGAGGUUUUCGCGAUUUUCAAGCUGAAAAUCGAUGGUGGACCCGCGUCGACCCCUCCCGCUCCCCGACACUGUAGCUGUCAAGUGAUCGAUACGAUUCGCGGAAUCCACCUCCCCCAACUCACGCACCUCUUCCAACACCCCGAACCCCUCACCUUCGCCGCCCUUCAACACGCCAUCCACCUCUUUGACGUCAUCUCGAGAAUCCUAAACUACGCUCCGAAACACUCCACAGAAUCCCUUAGAGCCAGUGUUCAGAAGACGUGGAAAAAGCGCCUGGACCGAGAGAAAUUCGCCGAGUCGUUGAUUCAUCUGGGACGGAAUGUGACCCAGUUGAGAGAGGCGUGUGGAAUCCCGACGAUGGCGACUGAUAGGACACUGGGGACGCUGGAUGAAUGGAUUCGAAUUGUGAUUCAGAAGGAGAAGACGACGUUUGAGCGACCCGUGGAGAGCCUGUUCUACGCCGUUCAAACAGCGAUGAAAUUGGACAAAUCCAGCCUGGAAGCUCGUCAAUAUCUCACUGGCCUCCUCACAACGCUGGAAUCCAUCAAAACGCAAUUAGCCGAUAACGAGGCAAUUAAGAACGAGACGAUUGCUCAGGCGCAUAUUGAGAGUUUCGCCGAGAAACUCUUCAAUUUCGCCGAUAAGAAGGAGAAAACGGGCAAAGUCGACAAAUCAGUGGUCCACGCGUUCUACACAGCUGGCCAUGUCAUGGAUAUUCUGGCACUUUUCGGAGAGAUCGAUGAGCCAUUUUUGUCGUCCAAAAAGUAUGCGAAAUGGAAGAGCACGCAGAUUUUCACAUGCCUAAGAGACGGGACCCCAUAUGUGCCGAGCAUCCAGCAAGAGCAGGAUGACGAUGAGUUGGCUCAGUUUGGAGCACAAUUUCAGCCGGGAGGAGGCGCCGGACCACAAGAACACAGCUACAGUAAUCCCGGAGAAGCAGCGCCAAGAACUGGGUUUGGAGCCGCUGGGAUUCCGCAUGUGCCAUCAGAUAAUUCUCUUCCACCACAACCACCAGCGCGUUCAAACGUGCCACCACCGAAUCCACCGUACUCCUCAACUCCCAAUCUCCCAUCUCAACAGUUCUAUCCACCAGCACCUCCAGCAGCCGCUCCACAAAAUCCACGUCAUCAACAGUAUGACGACUUCUCGACACCAUCAUCGGCUCCGGUUCUUCCGACGUCUGGCGCACAACCGACGGAUGAGGAAUUUGCGGAAAUUCGAAAAUUAACAAAAUACGCGAUGAGCGCUGUAGACUAUGAGGAUGUGAAGGCGAUUCGAGAGAAUUUGCAGAAGGCGUUGGCCAUUUUGCAGAAAUAUUGA